AUGACAACCGCUCAAAAGAUAAAAGACAUCGAGGAGGAGAUGGCGAAGACGCAGCGGAACAAAAACACCGAAUAUCACUUGGGUCAACUGAAAGCCAAGCUCGCCAAGUUGAGACGAGAAUUGAUAACCCCAUCGGGCGGUGGUGGUGGUGGACCUGGUAUAGGGUUCGAUGUAGCUAGGACAGGUAUUGCGAGUGUGGGGUUCGUUGGUUUCCCUAGUGUGGGUAAAUCAACUCUCAUGUCCAAAUUGACGGGCACCCACUCCGAAGCAGCUUCAUACGAAUUCACCACCCUUACCACUGUACCAGGAACCAUGACAUAUAAUGGUGCUCGUAUACAAGUCUUGGAUCUUCCUGGUAUUAUCGAAGGUGCCAAGGACGGUAAAGGUCGAGGUCGACAGGUCAUUGCAGUCGCCCGAACAUGUAACCUCAUCUUUAUCGUGCUUGAUGUGCUGAAACCACUCAACGAUUUGGCAAUUUUGACUAAUGAAUUGGAAGGGUUCGGUAUCCGUUUAAAUAAGAAGCCUCCUGCCAUCACUGUUCGAAAGAAAGAAAGCGGAGGAAUUGACGCUCAAGAGAUCAAGGCCGUCUUAUCCGAAUACAAGAUGAGCAAUGCCGCUGUUUCUAUCCAUCAACCCGACGCUACAAUUGAAGACUUCAUAGAUGUAGUUGAAGGUAACCGUGUAUAUGUGCCCGCGAUCUUCGUGCUAAACAAGAUAGACGCGAUCAGUAUAGAAGAACUUGAUCUCCUGUACAAGAUUCCCGACUCCGUGCCUAUCUCUUCCCAGAUGUGGUUGAACAUUGAUGAGCUCCUCGAAGUGAUGUGGGACAAGCUCAAUCUCGUUCGAGUCUACACCAAACCUCGAGGUCAACAGCCCGACUACUCAUCGCCUGUCGUCCUGCGUCGAGGAAAAUGUACCGUCGAGGAUUUCUGUAAUGCGAUCCACAAAGAAAUCGUCAAACAGUUCCGUACUGCAAUGGUCUGGGGUACCUCGGCCAAACACUCCCGUGGUCAGAAAGUUGGAUUAGAACAUGUGCUUGAGGAUGAAGAUAUUAUCUGUAUCUUCAAGAAGUGA